CAGAUGUAACCGCAACGCUUCGCAGCCGAAUCGUCGGAAGACAAAUUCUCCUCAGAAGAACGAUGUCGAUUAAAAAGUCGGACGUUAUACAAAGAACGAUGAGUGUGCUGAGGGGGUUUUAGUGAGAAAUUGUGAAAAAUAGAAAGAGUGAAGAUGUCGGUAAAAGCGAGCGUUGGUUAAACAAAAAGGGUAAAAAUGGCCUUCAAAGGAUUCUGUGGCGAAGUGAUCGGGUUUUUCCUGGCUGUGGGUUUUUGCAUCAUAUGUCCGGAAUAUGUAUCAUCAGCACAGCGCGAACUCGGCAAGGGUUCGCCAACGAACGCCUCCGCCACGGCGUCGCCGGCCGGGUCUGCGGACAACGCGAUCCGGUCCGGAGCGGCCCUCGACGGCCCAAGGCCAACACCUCGGACUGGGCCUUAUUUCGACCUGAUGGCGUCUAAGAACGUGACAGCGUUGCUCGGAAAAACGGCAUAUCUAAACUGCCGGGUCAAGAAUUUAGGGAAUAAAACGUUAAACAUGCAAGUAUCGUGGGUCCGGCACAGAGACAUCCAUCUGCUGACAGUCGGCCGGUACACAUACACGAGCGAUCAAAGGUUUAGAGCCAUUCACUUGCCGCACUCUGAGGACUGGACUUUACAGACGGCCAAUUUUCAGGUAGCAAUUAAUCAAGAGCCAACAACAGAGAUAAUUGGUGGCCCUGACCUCUACAUAGACAGGGGCAGCACUAUCAACCUUACUUGUGUGGUUCUGUACUCACCUGAACCGCCAGCAUACAUAUUUUGGAACCACAAUGAUGCGAUAAUAAGCUACGACUCCCCGAGAGGAGGCGUGUCGGUGGUGACUGAGAAGGGGGAGACGACGACCUCAUUCCUGCUAAUCCAGCAGGCAAGACCUUCAGAUUCUGGGACGUAUCAGUGUAACCCGAGCAACGCGCAGUCCAAGAGCAUCGUGGUGCACGUCCUCAAUGGUGAGUACCCUGCGGCGAUGCAGCGAGGAGGGCAGGCGUUCGCACCAACAUCGCCGACACACUGCCUCGUGUUGGUUGCUUGCCUGUUCAUCACACUCUCUUGA